GAGGAAGGAGAGCGACGUGGGGGCCCUCGGACACGCUGAAGUCCAAGCGCGCAUUGCUGUCAGGAUUGUGCAACCCUCAUACAAGUCCAUAUACUUCAAGAUUGCGCCGCAGCGUUGCGCAGUCUACUCCCUUAAAGCUCAAAACAAAACCGAGCAAGGCACGAUGGUCGCUGCGAGCUGGCCCAAGGGCCCUGUUCCAUGGCUGUUGGUGUUUGGAAUGGCCACUGGAGUCGCGGGCGCGUUCUUCCCCGUAACGCGGAGUUGGCCGGUCAUCAAGCAAACGUUUCAAUUGGGGAUAACAUUGUUCAGGUCGCUUUUCGGUUACCAAGUGGUCAUGGGGUCGGCCAUAGUUGCCCACAUUGUGGAGGCUGCAAUUAUCGCAUACAUGUGCGCCAAGAACAAAGUGUCCACAAAGGACACGUGGGGCUGGGCGGGCUAUACGCUCCUCAUCGGAUACGGGGCCAUCCACCAUCUCAAGGCCUGCCUCAAGCAGGCGGCAUGACGGCAGCAGAUAUAUCCAUUAAAGCAGGCGGCAGCAGUAGCAGCAGCAGCAUUUGUGGCGGGACGACUUCUAGAAGCCUGCGCCGACAGAGCACUUUUGGAAGGCGGGCACGCAGUUGCAUGAGCGGCGGGAUUUCAGGAAGCGGUGGGAAGCAAAGGCGGGUGGGCGGCAGGGGCACACGCCGUAGGUGGUCGGCGGUUGCAAUGUGGCGUCAGAGACACUGACUUGUGUUGUAGUCGUGACCAGGUCCAAAAAGGGCUGAUGUACGCUACUGACUAGUUAUGAGACUUAUAACGUAUAAUGCCUCCUGAAGACGCAGGGAGUGGGAGGCGGGGCAGGUGUGAGCCAAGAGGCGUCGGCAUAUGGCCUUGAUCCGUACUUCCAUGAUACAGUCGUACUGUAAAGCUGUCUCCCUUUGGCGCCAUUAGGCCGCUGACAGCUGACAAGGAAGUGGGCCUUACAAGCGCACGGAUGCCGGAGGCGCCGGCGCCGGAAGGGCCGAGCGAUCCUGCGCGGAGGGGAGAUUAGCCGAAAAAGAGGGGCGGGAAAGAAGGGCGGGCACUUGAGUGAGAACGUUAGAAGUAACGUUAAAAGCUCUCACUAUGAAGGCGGAAUGAAGAAGAGAGAGGAGGCUGGCGCCAAAGAGAGCCAGCCUGUACGACUUCCUCAUGGAA